UUAGGCGAUAGUAAAUUGACAAGUUUCAUAAAAUUCUUCAAACGUGCUGCAGAAGUAUUUGGACGGAAUCAUGGCAUACAAUUGGCGCUACCAUCUGAAUUCGGUGCACAUGUUAAUGAUGCUGAAGUUGAGGGGCGUUUCAAAAAAAGGAAACGUCAAAAAUGGCUAAUCAUAUUACCACUCAUUAUUCUCAUGAAAAUCGCUCAUUUAAAGAUGACAGCAGUGACACUAUUAUUAGGUGUACUCGGAUUGAAUGUACUGAUACUGGGUGCUGUUGGCUGGCUAAUUCACUAUCUCAAAUUUAAAACUUUAUGUAAAAUCCAUCCACAUUUAGUGCAGUCACACUCUCAUGUCUAUGAUUCUGAUCCUUCUGAGUAUUCCUCAUUCGCUGGCAGUAGCUUUCCUGGUUCCUAUUACAGCUCUUCUGGCUCUAGUCCUCAUGAGGUUGGGUUCGGUAGUUACUCAAAAGAUUGGAGUAACAGGAAGGCUUAUAGCGGCUAUAAUUACUUGGAUACGAUAAGUAAGAAACUUCAAUAGCUAAGAGAUUCUGCAUGGCGUCGAUUAUAUGAAACGAUUCGUCACUAUUAUGUUAAGUUCUAUCGUGUUGCUGUUCAAAUAUAUGGUGAAAAUGUAGAUCCUCUCCAAGUAAACUCUACAUAAAAUAUGGGUUAUACAUGUAUGUGGGCGGAUAUUUAACAAAAAAAAAACUUAGUCAAUUAAAAAUAGUUAAUAUAAAUAUUUUAGAAUAAUUAAUUUAAUAUUAAAAAUUAUUUAUUGCAUACUAGGAAUGUGUUUAUGGAUUAAUAUAAUUAUUUAUUGGUUUGUUAUAUUUAUUUUGAAUUAUUAUACAAAUUAAUAUAUUAUUUAAUCAAGUUAAAAUGUUUUUUCGCCAUAAUAUUCUAGAGCGAAAAUUCAUUCAAUAAAAUAAAAAUAAUUGACAAAAUAAUUGUACGUCGUUGAAGGUGAA